AUAUAUUUACAAGACCGGCCAAUUCGGCACGAAGAGGAUUAGUAUAGGGCAGAGGGAGAUGCAAGUCCUUAUUUCGAGUUUAAAUCUCACCAGAGAUUUACUUUCUAUCCUUCAAGAGAUUCGUAAAGAACAAAAAAUACCAAUUAAUUACUGUGGCUUGUUUAAUAUAUAUGAUCUUUGGUGGGAAUGGAAUGCUGUCGGACUCAGAGAUACGAGCAGCAACAGAUAGGAACAGGAACACAACUUCGUCGAACUCUCGCUGUCAAAGGAAGUAACUCUACUUCAGUUCCUUGUUGCCUGCGCUUAAACCGAGACACUUGUAACAGUUUUGUUCGUUAAUUAUAGAUCUUACUUUUACCCGGUUGAAAAUAUAUUCUAUUUUCCUGACGUUCACUUUUUUUGUUUAUCCGAGUCAACUUAUUUUAAAUUCAACAGAUUUAAGAAAUCAUGGAAAUACCUGAGAAGAUUGCUGAUAAGCUGGUGAGAGAAGUCGACGCUAGACAGUUGCUGAGCGAACUAAAAGGUUUAAAUCCUAUGACUAGUGAAGGAAUAGAAUGCACAAUUGAAAGACACGGCCGUAAAUUGGGCAUGAAGGAACUUAUAAGAGAACUUCCUAGAUUUGACAAUUGGGAUUGUAAUUUGGUGAAAGCAUUGAGAUCUAAUGCCAUAAAUAAGAAAGCUAUUGCUAAUGAAUUCAGCCAAUGGAUUUGUAAAAAGAAAGGAUUUGACUGUCAUCUCAUUCAUUUUGAACGCUUCUUAUGUCUAGACAAGUUAAAUGCUGCUGGUCGCCAUCCAAACUGGAAGGAUUUGGCUCUUAAAUUGGGGCUCUCCACAGAAGACAGAAACAGAAUAGAAAAUCAUCACAUGUUGGAUGAAAAUUUUAUGCAUUAUGUAAUGGAAGAAUUAGCAGAUAAAACCCUUAAAGACUUGUUGUUAGCAUUGACAGAGCUCGGACUAAUUGAAAUGCAUGAUGAAAUCAAAGGAAAGGUUAGAUUAAGACAGCGCCCACAACAACAGAAUCAUCAAGCUCAGUCAAAUGAACCACCAACAACAGGUCGGUACCAACAACCAGGUGACCAUUAUGAAACACCAGGAACUGCUUAUUCAUGUGAUAGUUAUUUUCAAGAAAACAGAGAGAAGGAGGAAGAGAAAAAAGGAGUUAGUAAUAAAUUCAGCUCAAGUUUAACUCAUGAUAGUCCUCCGAUUGAGUGUACAUCGCUACCAUCUGAAUCUAGGCAUCCUGAUCCGAUUAGAGACCAAGAAAAUAAACUAAAGGAGUGUAAUAAUGCAAGAAAGAUUGAAAAUACCAUUGAAGGUCGGUCUAGCCCAGAAGACAAUACUAGUGUGGAGGCAACACCAUUAUACCCACCAAGUUAUAAUCAUGAACAACAGAUAGAACCUGACUCUAAUGAUUAUCAGUAUGGAGAGAAUAACCUCAAUAUAGAUGAAAGAGAUUCAGAUACUUCAACAGCUGAAGAGAUGCCAGAUGUGGCAUCACUCAAUAAUGAUUGUGUGAAUGAGAGAAUCAUUUCUGAUAAUGCUCAAGAAAACCAACUAGAUAUUAAAAAAUAUGCAAUAAUUCUUUUGGGGAUUACCGGAAUAUUCUUAGUAUACAGAUAUUCUAGGCAUUAACUCUGAUUCAAGGAAAGCUUAUGGAAACUAAAAGAAGGAUUUCUCAAGUUACAACAAUGCAUACAUAUAUACAUACAUGCACACACGUAUAAUAUAUAAGUAUUUACAUAUAAAUCAUAACAAAAUGUAUAUAUAUAUAUACAUGAUGAUUGGCUCAUCUUGUCUGAUUAUAACCGUCCCACAUUCAAUCUGACUUACUUUUAUCCUUACAUGUGCACAGGUAUGACUUUCACACGUUGCCAGGUACCGAUUGCCAUAACACUACAAAAUACAUCAAGAAAUGAAAUGAUGCUGAGACAUCUGUACAUCAUUUGGUUUCAGUGGCAAAACUUGCACAACACUUUUGCCACUCUCUCAGUUGCCAUAGCAGGUUCUAGUGGUAAACAUACACGUACACACAGGAGUGGCUGUGUGGUAAGAAGCUUGCUUCCCAGCCACAUGGUUCCGGGUUCAGUCCCACCUUGGGCAAGUGUUACCAACUAUAACCUCAGCCCAACCAAAGCC